AGGAUGGUCAGAAGGUAGGAGUCAGCGGAGAUGAUGCGUGUGUUGGCAUAGUAAACUUUAGAGUAACGAGACAGCUGCACGAUCCACGGAGAUCUGCUAUACAGCCGCUUAAUUGUAGCUAAUACACACAACGAGCGUAGCAGCUCUGCGAUAGUGUGUAGUAAAAUUUUUUAGUUAAUUCUCUCGUUUUUUUGUAGCAUUUGAAUCGCACACCAGUCGUUUUAAAUGCAACGCUGUUUGAUAUAUGAGAAAACAAUGGCUGAGACGAGGAACGGCGGGAGUUCACUGAACAACAACAACAACUGCAAAGACCACCGCAGGAGAAAGUUACUGGUGGGAGUGGAUCUCUUCUGCCUGUUCUUAGCCGGCCUGCCUUUCUUGGUCAUUGAGACCAGCGCUGUUCAGCCUUACCGUAGAGGGUUUUACUGCGAUGAUGAGUCCAUCAAGUACCCGGCCAAAAAUGGAGACACCAUUAGCGACGGUGUGCUUAGUGCUGCUGGCAUUCUAAUCACCAUCCUGUCUAUCAUCAUUGGCGAAAGCUACAGGAUCUACUUUCUGAACGAGGGCUCCAAGUCUUUUGUGGGAAACCCCUACAUUUCUGCUCUCUAUAAGCAGGUCGGGGUGUUCAUCUUUGGCUGCGCCAUCAGUCAGUCCUUCACCGACAUCGCCAAAGUGUCCGUGGGCCGCAUGCGCCCGCACUUCCUUGAUGUGUGCAAACCUGACUUCGCUACUAUCAACUGCUCGCUGGGUUAUAUCACUGACUACCAGUGUCAGGGACCAGAUAACAAAGUUCAAGAAGCCAGGAAGUCUUUCUUUUCGGGACACGCGUCGUUCUCGAUGUACACCAUGCUAUACCUGGUGUUUUACCUGCAGUCUCGUUUCACUUGGCACGGCGCCCGCCUGCUGCGCCCUCUGACCCAGUUCACUCUUAUCAUGAUGUCUUUCUACACUGGGUUGUCGCGUGUCUCUGAUCACAAGCACCACCCCACUGAUGUUCUGGCAGGUUUUAUACAGGGAUCCCUGGUGGCCUACUGCAUAGUUUUCUUUGUAUCAGACUUGUUUAAGCAGAAAGGAAGACGUUCCACCCAACUGCCAACUCCAGUGAAGAAAGAUCUCGUCUCUCCGGCAGAUAUCAGAGAACGAAGCAACCAUCUCAUCAUGGCAUAGAGAAUGCUGCUGACUGACUGUAUAAGAACCCUGACCUGUGCCAUUCAAAUCACUACUAAAGCCACUGGUCCAUACUGGAUAAGAUAAACCCCAACAAUCUGGAUAGUGCAGACAAAUAUGGAAUGUUGAAUAUCUCAAAGGACAAGAGGAGGCUGCGGAAAAAAAACAAUCAAGCCAGUUGCAGUGAGCUCUCUCAAUGGAAUCCUUUUCCUUCGUCUUACCAGACAUUUUAAUGUGGAAAAGAGAGAGCGAUCGUGUGAUAUUUGUCCCUCCUCUCCUGUUUGUGAAAGAAAUCUGCCUCUUCUCUGUGGACUAAGGUCUGAAAUGAAACCAAACUGAGAAAUGGCAGCUGUAAACGAAGCCCUCACCCCUCAGCUGCAGUCAGCAUGGGAGCUAUACUCGUAUUCCUGCCACUCACCCACUCACUCACUCACUGUGUGACAAAUGCAAGCAGUUUGUGCCAAAAAAAAAAACACCCAACAAAUUCCUUGAUAUUAGGAAGGAUAUUCUUUAAGUUUGGUUUUAAUACAAACGAAAGUAUUACGUCAAAUAAACGUACGUGUAUGUUAUAGCACUAUUGUAGUUAAACUCAGUACUGUUUGUCACCACUUGAAUGAUCCUGAAGUGAAGCUUUCGGAAAGCUUCGUACGCCUUUUGUAAGCUUUUAUUACGUCCAUAAUGUGUUCCUUAAAGUGUGCACAUGAGUUACAGUCGGUGGAAAGUGCAGUGAGGGUUUAAAUGUUGGACGUGGGCCUCUUUCUGCUGGAUAGGACGAGCCCCCACUGAGCCAUUUAAUGAAAUGACUGUGUUAUAUGUACCACGCGGGCGCUCGCAAGCGUUAGGUGAGAGUGUGUGAGAGAGUGGGAGCAUCAGCUGUGUCCCCCGUAUGCAUGUCUGUGUGUAUAUUUGGGUGAGGCCUUUCCGUGCGUGUGUGUGUGCGCCAGUGUGUAUUAAUGUCAUGUCUAUAUAUUUCCGUGUUUAUUGCCUCUCUGUCCAACCAGAGACCGGGCACCUGCUCCAACAGACACAUGUAACUCGAGACUGGAACACUGUGGAAAAAAAAAAAAAGAAGCAUCAUCUACUCUACAUGUAUUUUUACUGUUACGAAUCAAUAUGAGUAUUCACAACACUGAGAAAUCCUGUGAUAUCCUGUGAUAUAUCAACAUUUAUAUACUUUCAAAGUAAGACGGGGACUAGAACAGUGGUCAGGUACAAUCAUUUUUUUCUAGACAUAAGCUCAGUUUAAUGGUUAUUUUGGUUUUUGUUUGUUUUUAGCUCAUAAGACCUUGUAGAGUAACACAAGAGGCCUGAAAAUAACUGUGUAUUACAGACAAAAAUCCUAACAUUGAAGCUUUAAAGAGUCGUCAUGCUAAUUUGAUUGUAUGAUAUCGAUGUAGUUAAUGUUUAAGCAGAAAUAAUCCUGAAAACCACUGACUGAAAGUGUCAUCCUUGCUUAGUUUUAACUGACUCCAACUUAAAUCUGACAUUGAUAGAAAAACGAGUCUGUAUACUUUUAUACAGAAUGGUAAAAAUACCGUCUUUAUGUAUAUACAGUGUGUCCUUUGAAAGAAUAUAGAAAUGCCCACUAUGACUUUGUGUCGAGACCUGUGUAAACGUCAAACAUGCUGCUUUAAAGAGACACAUCUUGGCAGACGUCAUCCGGUCAAGCUGACAACUUGUGAAUGUUAAGUUUAAAAACAAAGCUCUCCGUGUAGACGUCUUCAUUACACUUAUAUUAAAAAAAAAUGUAUUUCACUAUUUUUGUAAUGUCAUGUGAUAUUUUGUACAAACUGUGUAAGACGUAUCAAAGAUAAAGUGUCUUGAAUAAAUGAAACGAAACAUCGAA